CCAGCUAGCCAGAGAACGUCGGGAGCGGCGAACGUAUGUAUGACGUAACGUUGGUAGCACUGCGUAAUCGCUUGUGUGUAUCUUAGCCCCGUCGUCUGCAUUAAAGGGGCAAGUGACAGCUCUGGGAGCUAUAUCGUUGACACUCGUGGGUGCGUAAAACAACGGCGUCGGCCUCGGGGAAGGAGAGAGGAGUCGCGUCGGAUGAGAAGAGUUGCGAGUACAGUAAAAGACAUAAGGAUUAUUCAUCGUUCGAAGGGGGGAGGGCAACGUUGGUUGAUAGAAAAAGGGUGCAAUUGAGAAAAGGAAGGGACCUAACGAGAGAGAGAGAGGGAGAGAGAGAGAGAGAGAGAGAGAGGGAGGGAGGGGAGGGAGGAAAAAGGAAAUAACGCCGAUAGAGUGUAGAAUCGUUCGUAGUGUUACGCUCGUAAAAAGAAGAACGUGUUGUUAAUGCGGAGAAAAGGACGCGGACGAAAAGGAAGGAGGAGAGAUACGGAACGAUGAUCGGUGGCGAUUCGUAAACGAUGUAAGAACUUAAACGAGUCUCUCGGAGCUAAGCGAGAGUUCUAUCUUUGAUAGAUAGAUAGAGAAAGAGAGAGAGAGAGAGAGAGAGAGAGAGAGAGAGAGAGAGAGAGAGGAAGAGGGAGAGAGAAAAGAUUCCGCGUAAACGGAAACGCAUCGAAUACGUUUCGUAUUCCGAGCGGUGUUUCGGUUCGACGACGACGACGAUCUAGAUUAGGACGACGACGACGACGACGACGACGACGACAACGACGACGACAAAAAUACUUUUAUAUCUAUGAAGGUAGAUAUAUACGUAUAUACGUACGUACGUAUGUAUUUACGUAUGUACAACGAUCGACGAGGAGGUGGACGAUGAUGCUGUCGGAGAAAUGCUCUACGGCUGUUGCGUAUCGAUCGGUAUCGUCCCGUCGAAACGACGACGAUCGCGUCCAUCGUCCCUUCUUCUUCGUUCGAACUACGACGAGAACAUCAUGUUCUUUCAAACGACGAUGCUUCACAAACUAAAAAAACUGGAAUUGACCGAGUGAAUGAAGAAAGAACGAGAGAGAAAGAGAGAGAGGGAGGGAGAGAGAGAGAGAAAGAAAGAGAGGGAUCAGAACCCGUAUGGCAUUACUAUAUAAACAUAACAUUUGUGUGUCUCGUUCUUCUAUCGUCUCUUGUCGCUUUCUAACGUAGGAAGUUUCCUUUAUAGAAAUCUAUCGAAUUUAAUUAAUUGUGAAUGACGAAGUGAAUACCCAAAGUAAAACGUUGUUACCACUGUUGUCAUUUUUGUUGUAAUAGUGAUAAUAAUAGUCAGUUCGACAAAGAUAUCGAAGAAUGAAUCAAAUGAGAGAGAAACGUUUAUGAUAAAUAAAUUGGAAAAAGGAGUGAAAGCGAGUUGGUGAUCGAUAGGGUCUUAAUUGAAACCGUAAAUUGUUGAAAUAGAUCUCGAUGCGCGUUGGACGAAUUUAAAAAAAAUAAAUAAAUAAAUAAAAAUAUAUAAACAUACAUAUAUAGAGAAAGAAAAUUAAAAAAAAAGAAAGAAAGAACAGAAGGAAAAAAGAAACAAUCUAAAGUGUUAAGGAGAAAGUGGAACGGGACGACAAAAGUGGGGAGACAAAAGAGGAUUCGGCAUGUUCUUUGCCGGUGUUAAAAGUUGGCUCGAAACAUUGGGCGGGGUGGCGGAGGAGGAGAAGGAGGAAGAGGAAAAAAAGGAAAAGGAGGAUAGAGCGCAGGAAGAGGUGAAUGUGAAGGUGGUUAAAAAGGUGGUGCUAGUGUUGACCGAGGAGCUGGAGGUGGUGUUGAAGGAGAAGGAGGAGGAAGAAGAAGAGGAGGAGGAGAAGGAGGAGAAGGAGGAGGAGGAGGAGGAGGUAUGGAAGCUGAAACCGGUCGAGCGUCGUCUCAUCACCAGGGGCUGCAGCUCACCCUGCCAUCCCCGGGAAUCUCCGGAUUGGACGUCGUGAGAGCUCUGCACCAGACGGUUAUAUCACUGCGAUCCGCGUUGGAUUCAUCGCGCGAAGAACUUCGUCGAUUGAAGGAAAGCGUCGGUGAAUUUUCCGAGGAAAAAUACGUCGAGGUGGUUGAAAGAUUGGCCCUGGAGAACCACGUCCUAAGGCGUAGGAUCCUUAGUCGAAGUACAGACUUUUCCAACGAUGCUGCUACGAGUCCGCAACCACCGCCGCCGCCAUCGCCGCAGCCGCAGCAGUCUCGUUUCGUUCCACUUCAAGUAGAAGGAGACCCUACCGAGCCAUCAUCAUCAUCAGCGGACACGGCUAGCGCCACGAUGGACGCGUCAGGGAAUAAAGUUGUCGUCGAGGAGACGGCAGAGACGAUCAGAACGAGUGGGAGCCGACGAAGUACCGGUGGUUCGAGUCCGGAAACUGAAGCUCGUGGUACGUCGGUGAUACGCCGUGUUCGAGGUGAAUUUCCGCCUUUUUCCGCGGCAACAACAGUUCAACAAGAAGAAAACCAACAAGACCAACAACAACAACAACAGCAGCAGCAGCAUUCCUCGAGAGAUGGUGCACGGUCUAGAUGUAUUCUGGGUCAGGAAGAGUCCGUUACCAGUGCUAUAGUAUCAGUGCUGUCUAAAGAAAGUAAAGAGGACAUUCGCGAGGACAUCCAGGAUGAUGUCCAGGACGAUAACGAGGGUUCAGUCGUUGUAGAUCGUCUUGACAUACCAGAGAAAGAUAGUGAAGAUUUGAGUCUUAGGUCUGUUUCCGACGGUGAUAAUUCUGUAUUCAGUGACAAUCCUGAACCUCAGUCACCGCCUCAGCAAAGACCUAUGCAACAGCAAGUUCAACAACAGCAACAUCAACAUCAACAACAACAACAACAACAGCACCAGCAUAGGCAACAGAGUCAGUCGGGUGAACAAGGGAAAUUAAACGAUCAAUCUGAAAAUGAUUCGGAGGAGCUCGAUGACAUAGAGCUGAUAUUCACGACCGAUGAUACCUGUAGGGAUCUAGGUCUUCAAGAGGAUCUCGUUUCCAUCACGGAAACCGAUGCUUGGCAACAAGCGAGUCCCGCUGGGCAACCGGUCCUCCUAAAAUAUACCAAAUCCGCUGAGGGAGAAUCUCUUGUUUGCAACGGCGAUAAGACCAGUUCCGUUGAAGAAGCAGUCUCAUCUCAAAGCUCCAGUAUCGAUCGCGAAGAGAGCGUCGAUCGAUUCGACGAGAGCUCCAGUACUAGGCUAAACAAGAUGUGGUCUCAAUGUUCUGUCCUCGUCGAAACUGAUAUCAGCAAGUGUGGUGUACUAGAGGAACCUGAACAUUCCGCUAGGCAUGCAACUAGGAGGAACACUUUGGCUGCACCUCCGACGGCUUACAGGCCAAUAAUACAUCGAGAAGCUUUGGCUGGUAACCGAAGAAAAAGUUCAGCACCUCUUCGUCCUGUAAUGGAUCGGAGUAGUGGUGCCAAACGUGAGUCAGGAGCACAAACCGACAUUUCGGCCCUCCCGGCACAAUGGCGUUCGGAAAGCUAUCUCGCACACAAAGUGGCUCACACGUUUACAACGCUUCCAAGUAAAUUCGCUUUACCGGCUGGUGUACCCGGAAGGCUCAGGUUGUCUGACAAGACACGCGAGGCAAGACGAGUGUUACUCUCGGACAUCAGUUUCACCAGCAUGGUUCCAGAAUUGUCAAGAAGUGCUGAUCAUCUCUGUCACGAUCCGCAUGCACAGACUUGCUUGGGAUCUCGUGGUUGUGGACAUCGCACACCGGAAGUAAAUCGUCGCGAAUCCUUAGGAUCACCAGCAGGCUAUUGGCCUCGUUGUAAUCCAGGAACGGCUUUACCAAGUCCUUGCGAUUGUCGUUUGUCGGCUGAUCUUUAUUCCUCGAGAUAUCGAGGUUCCUUGAGCUCGAUACCAUCACCAGGAUUAGAAGUCGUGACUGGUCCACCAAGGAGACACUCUUGGAGAGCAACAGCAGCUUCUUUCGACACAUGGAGAGUUCCUGCUGCCACUUCUACACCUAGACCGACCUGGUCCUCCAUGCCAUCUUCUCCCACUCAUGUUCACCCACCUGCAACGUCCUCGAGAUCCUCGAAGAAUGUACCAAAGAGAACACGCUCGAAAGUCACUUUUCAAGAGUGUCCAAUGACGCGUGGAAGUUUACCUAACUUGCGCUCAGACAUAGUAGGUGCGGGUGACAAUAGCGGAGAUUCAACGGAAUCGCUGAUAGACGAGGCGGAGGAUUAUUUGCGUCGCAGUAUCGAUUCGAUGCUGACUAUUUCGAGUACCAGUGCUAGUACGGAUUAUUGGAGCAGACAAACAGCAGCCAGACGAAGGAGAACUCGAAGGCAUUCCGAACCUGAUCUUGCACGCGAGUGGAUUCCCCCUCAGGAUGCGAGACCGUAUCUGCCAAAGAUACCAAGAGAUCUGAAGUUAGAUCAUCUUGUCAAAGUAAUCUCACCGGAAGGAAGAGUCCUUCAAGGUCGUGUACGAUACGUUGGUCCUGUUCCUGGUCGAGAAGAUUCUCACGUGGGUGUUGAAUUACCGAACGUUAAUGGUUCCUCCGAUGGUACUUUUCAUGGUAGAAGAUUUUUCGAUUGCGAACCUGACCGUGCGAUCUUCGUGCCGUUCAAAAAGGUGGUCUUGGCUUGGUGCACUGCCUGACCCGAUGUACCCACUUCCAAAGUAACACCGAGAAUUUUGCUCUCACAAUACACAAUGUAAAUGUGGAUACGGCGGUAUGUAUGUACAGCACACAUAAGUUUCGCUAUGACUUUUAUAGAAUGUUGCUGUGGGUAUCGUCUCUAUUCAUUUCUUCCAACGAUUUUCGUAAGUAAAAAUAUAUAUAAUUUUUUUUUCUUUUUUCAAAAAAGAAAUAAAAUCAAAGAACGUUUAGUGGACAAAAAAAAAAUCGUUGAUCGGUAUCACUUAACGUUCGUUCGAAAAUUUAUCUUAAGGAUUUAAUUAAAAGUAUCAUUGAACGAUAAAUCAUUGAUUUAAAAAAAAAAAACAAAAAAAAACAUCGUUUUGUUGAUAAUAAGCAGAAAUAUUGGAUUUAGAGAUGUUGCCAGAAAAUAUGAAAACUUCUAUAUAUGAUAUAAAUGAUUUACAUAUUUGCAAAAGAAAACCACAAUUAGACGUGCGUACACAAAGCCUACAUAAUGUAUCUAUAUUUAUAUAUAUAUACACACACAUACGCGCACGUGCAUAUAUUUUUAAAAAAGGACUCUCUCUCUAUAUUAUAUAUAUAUAUAUACACAUAGUACAUAUAGAAAAUAGUUAUCAAUAAUUGUGUAAAAAGGGAAAGAUAUCAUAUUGAAGAGGCUACAUGUGUAUUAUUAUUUAACGGAAGCUCGGAUCGAUUGUAAGUGUUUUUUUUUAGAUAUAAGUAACUCUCUUGUACAAAUAAGUUAUAUACCUUAUAUAUAUGUAUAUAUAUGUGUGUGUAUACAUACAUACAUAUAUAUAUGUAUAUAUAUAUAUAUUUAACAUAUACAUUUAUUGUCUACUCGCAAAAGAAUAAGUAACUAUAGUUACUGAUUACGUCAGAUUACGACACAAAAAAUCGCAUGCGAUGAAUUUUUUUGCAGAGACCGAUAAUUACGGCAAAUUAUGUGUAUGUUUGUAUGUAUGUAUGUAUGUAUGUACGUACGUGAAUCUUCCAGAUAAUAUAUGUCAGUCGAUCUUUUUCCAUGCUUCAAUGCCAUGAAAAAAGAAGUAAAAUGAGAUAAAUAAAUAAAAAAAUUCUCGAUUUCAAAUGACCGACAUAAAGAUUGCAUUAUGAUUAUUCGAAAAACAGUGAUAUUUUAGAUAAUAUUUUAGAUAGCAUUAAAAAAAAAAAAAAAAUAAGGAAAAAAAGAAACAUUUUUCGGUUUAUCGUUCGGAUUUUAGAAAGGUGUAAAAAAUAAAAAAAAAAGAAUAAUAUUAAUAAUAAAAUAUCGUAAUAUUCUAUUUAGACACCGAAGAUAUGAUAGAUAAAAAAAUAUAUACAUAUACAUAUAUAUAUAUAUUAUAAUAUAAUAAUAAUCUGCCGUUUAAAUUUCGAUCUCCAGGAAGUUUUUUUCUCAAAAUGGAAUUGCGUGUUCGUGCUGUGAAAGAAAUAGAAUUUCAUAUUCCGGUGCAGUAACAAGGAACAAAUAUUGUCGAUCAAAAUAAAAUAGAUAUAGAUAUAUGUAGCUCGUACUCGAGCCAUUCUCUCUUUUUAUGCAUAAUAUAAUUGAUAAUUAUUAAUAAUAUAUCACGUACCUGUAUCAUUGACAAUUAUUACAUUUUAAUGUGCUAUUUAUACGCGAAUUGUGGAUGCAACACACAGUUAUAGAGAUAUUCGAUAAUACAGGGUGGACAACUAAAAAGUUUCUAGGUGAGCCAAAAGAUCUUAGAUGAUUUUAAAAAUCAAUUACUUCUUUUCCAAACCUUUUAGGAUAACUCCUUCUUUUUUUUUUUAAGUUUUAGAUAUUUCAGUAAAAUUACAAGCUUAGUUUGUAAAACUAUAAGCCUAACUACGAAUCUAAAAUGUUUUGGAAAAAAUUAAUUGAUAUUAAAAAUUAUCGAAACAAUUUUCGCUUACCUAGAAACUUUUGGGCAAACCUUGUAUAUACACAUGUGUGUGUGUGUAUAUAUAUAUAUAUAUAUAUAUAUAUAUAUAUAUAUAUACAUAUGCAUAUAAUUUUGUAAAGUUAGAUAACGUUUCAUUGUAAAUUUUAUUUUAUUUUCUUUUAUUUAUUGUUUUUAUUUUUUUUAAUCUUUUUUUUAUGACAUCAUGGCCAUCGAAGGUCCACGGAUAACAAAAACUAAUAUGCAUUAUAAUUUAAAAAUAAUGAUCUUUGCGAGAUAGACUGUACCUGUAUAUUAUAUUGUCCAUUAAGAAGAAACGCACGAAGUGUGACGUAAGCUUUUUUUAUUACAUUCAGGCGAGUUUAGAAGAUUGCUAGGUGUGUCGAGAGAAAGAAACUGCAAUUUCUACGUCAAUGAAAUUAGAAAGAAGAAAGUUUCACCAUUUCUAUUUCUUUCAGUCGUUAUAAUUCGUAUAUAUAUAUGUGUGUGUGUGUAUUAUAUAUAUACACAUAUCCAUAUACACACACAUGUAUAUAUGCAUCCAUCUAUAUAUACAAGGUGGGCUAAAAGUUUCUAAGUGGACCAAAAGUUCCAAGGUGAUUUUAAAAAUCAAUUACUCUUUCCGAGGUUUUUUAGACUAAUCUUUCAAUUUAGGGCUUCUUACAAGCUUAAACUUGUAGUUUUACAAUAUACAAAAAAAAUUAACCUACAAAGUCUUGAAAAAUAGUAAUUGAUUUUUAAAGUCACCUAGGAACUUUCAGCCUAGAAACUUUUGUGGCCCAUUAUAUAUAUAUAUAUUAGUAGCGUUAUGUAUUAACACGAACCGUGAGUUAAAAGAACACGUACAUUCAUACAUACACACACACAUACACACAUACAUGCAUACACAUACAGAGAGAGGACAUUUUUCUCGUGUUAUAACUUUAUUUGAUCAAUCCAACUAGAAAUAUCUGCAAUCUUGCACGUUCGCAAUGCCAACCGAAACAAUUUUCGGCAAAUUAUAAGACACAAGUGAUAUAUUUCGCGUGACUCCAGGUAAAUUUAGUUAUGCUUUAUUACAUGAGAUACGAUCUUCCGGUUACACGUAUAUAACUAUGUAUAACACGCGCACACGCACAUACAUACACACACAGGCACAUAUAUAGAAGCUAUUCGCUUGCGAACUAAACUCGAAUCUGUGAUAAAGGGUUUCGCCUGAAAAUUUUCAAUAGUUUUCACGAAAGGAAUUAAAAUUACACACGGACGCCGUCUGUUUAUAAAUUAAACAUUUAAAUAUUUCAUUUUUAAUAUGCACAUACAUACACACAGACAUAUGUGUAAUACAUUUUUAUUAUUAGAUUAUUUAACAAGAGAACUUUAUGACGUCGCAUAGUGUUUUUUAAAUAACAGAAUAGAGAAUAUCGAUAUUAUUCAUUUUACACAAAAAUAAAUUACGAUGGUAUUCGAAAAUUCUCGCUCACUGACGAUUAUGAAUUUUUUAUUGAUUUAAUUAAUUAUAACUGAACACGCAGACACACCCAGCAAUAUUUGACGAUAAUACUUUAAAUAAAUAUAAACACAAAUGCGUCUUCUCUUCUCGAGUUACAUAUACAUUUUAACAUUGCCAUUAUAAAAAAAGAAAAAGCUAGUUAAGUAGUGUAUUUUACGGUUAUUAUCACUUGCUAUAAUCAAUUUUGGACGAAGAUUUAUUAUUAAUAAGUCUUUCUCUAUCUAGUUUCAGUACAACAUAUUAUUUGUGAUCGUUGCGUUUUAAGAUUUAUUAUAUCGUUAUUAUAAUUAACUUUUUUGUUUUUAUUAUUAUUAUUAUUAUUAUUAUUAUUAUUAUUUUUAUUACUAUUAUUACUAUUAUUAUUAUUCUCUCACAAAGAUUUUUACAAUUUUUAUUUGUGUUAGAUAGAAAUAUAUAUAUAUGUAUUAUAUAUAUAUAUAUUAUAUAUAUGUAUUAUAUAUAUAUAUAUAUAUAUAUAUAUAUAUAUAAUAUCUGUACAUAAUGCCAAUUUCACACAGACAUUGAGUCAUUUAUAUGUACAAUGCAUACAUAUGUAUGUAUUUGAAACGCCGAAGUGCAAAUAUUUUCCAAAGCACGUUUAAACGGACACAUCUAACGUAGCGCUGUUCAACUUCUACACAGACCAAAGGCUAAUCAAAUAAUUAUAAUAAUAAUAAUAAUAAUAAUAAUAAUAUUAAUAAUAAUAAUAAUAAUAAUAAUAAUAAUAAUAAUAAUGAUACUAACAACAAUAAUAAUAAUAAUGAUAAUGAUAAUGUUAAUGAUAAUGAUAAUGAUAAUAAUAACAAUCAUAAUAAUACCUGAGCUCAAUUUAUAAUUUACAAUUUAUUUUUUGCGACAGUAUUUUUUUUUAUUUUUGUUUUAUUUUAAUCGUUAAAAAAAGAAAAAAGAAAAAAAAAGAAGAAAUUAUAAUUUACGCGGCUAUGUCAAAAAGAAAUAAAUUACAUUAACGAGAACACUCGAGGAUGGAUUUCAUGUGCUAUGAAUAAACCACAAAAAAAUGGUGCCGCGAGCCGGAUGUGGCUUUAGUGUAGAACCACAGUUGAACAGCGCUGGUCUAAGGAAUUAGUUUUGAUAAGUCGUAAAAAACAUAACGCUACACACUGUGACUAUCUUUCUCUUGGACAAUUUUUCUUUUUUUUUUUAAUAGCAUUUAGUAAAGCGUAUAAUAUAUGUAUAUGUAAAUCAAUUUAAGAUGGAGGCACACGAUGGACCAACGCUUUAAUUACUGUUUCAAAUCAUCUUUAAAAGAUUUUUUUUUAACAAAAUUUGCAUUUACUUAUAGCGAUUCUAUUAUUACCAUUUAAAUCGAAACACACACAUACACACAUACUAACAAACACAGACAGACAUACUGAAAAUACCGUAUAAAUUUUCUUAAGGCAUAAUAAAUAAAAAAAAAAAAACACACAUACAUACAGUCAUAUUAGAAACAUCGUAUAAAUGUUCUUAAGAGUAAUAAGUAAAAAAACACACAUACAUAUACACAAAGAGAGAUAUGCAGUAUCACUGGAAAACUCCUCUAUGUAUUUUCUUAAGGAGUUUUAUGUAAAAAAAAAGAAAAAAAAAGAAAGGAAGAAAGAAAAAAGUAGAUGAAAAAAAAAGAAAUCACAAACACACAUACAUACAGACACAGCACGUUGUAAUAAAAAAAAACAUAUUAUAUUUUUUACUUGCUGCAAAAGAAGAGUCGUCGUGGGAAGACCUUACCUACGUUAAAAAGUCAAAUUUUUUCUUAACAUACGUUCGUUCUCUAUACGAUAUUUUAUCUCUUAUAUACAUAUAUAUGUGUGUAUACUACAUAUAUGUGUAUAUAUAUAUAUAUAUAUAUAUAUAUAUAUAUAUAUAUAUAUAAGUACGUACAUAUAUAUACAUAUACAUAAAAACGAAAAUGGGAAUAACACAUACUGAAUGUAAUUAAGUGGCAAAAGCAUUGUAGGGAGUAACGUUGAUCGAUGUUAAUCGCUGUAAUUACUGUUACGUUUAAAUGUUUCGAUGUGACAUAGAUAGAUAACUCUCGAAAAGAAAAAAAUAAUUAUAGGAAAGAAAGAGAGAGAGAGAGAGAAAGGAGGAAUAACGAUGUGCACUUAUACGAUCGAUUAUUAUUCUCGAUCUUAUUAUCCUCGUCGAAUUAUUGUUUCUUCGUUGAAAUAUUAAAAUAAAAUAGAAAAAAAAGAAAAGUCAAGAAAAAUCGUGUAUUCGCUGUCAUAAAUAUAUAGCAUAAGACAGCUGACGGUGUAAUAAAAAAAAAAAGCAAUUGAUUCGAAGAUUUCAUUUUUGUGAAUUGAUAGAUAAUUAUUACAUCUCUUUGUGUGUGUUCAUGAUGAUUUAGACGUUUGUUAUUCGAAGAUAACAAAAUACGACGUUGGAAAGAGAGAGAGAGAGAGAGAGAGAGAGACAGUCAGUUUGGAUCGAUAGAUCUCCUCUAAUCCUCUGUUUCGAGAGAUUAUUAAUAUAAGAUGGCUACGAUAUGGUACUUAAUGCUUCGUGAUUCGUCAAAUUGGAUGAUGCUAAGAGAGGAUGAAAAGUGACUCUCGAUGAGAUUGUUAUCACUGUACCUAACUAGAUGUUAACGUAACGAAGAGAUAUUGUCGUCACUCUACUAUUUAUUGUAUCGUAACGAUGGGUUAAUGAUCAUAAUGAUAAUGAUGAUAAUGAUGAUAAUGAUGAUAAGAACGAUAAGUAUGAUGAUGAUGAUGAUGACGAUGAUGAUGUAUCAGAAAAAUAAAACUAUUAUUACUCAAUAGAAAAUGAAUAUUUAAAA